CUUUGUGUUUGAGGGCCAAUGAAUCUUUGCAACAGGCCCAACAGCGUAGAGCAGCAGAUGCUCUACGCCAAAAUGCAAGACGAGCAGUAGAAAAUGUUGCAGAUGCAAAUGCACGACAGCAUGCUGAUGCACAACGUCAUCAUGCGAAUAGAGAAAAUGAAUUACCUCAGCAAGCUGCAGUAAGACGCAGGGCAGAUGUUUUGCGUCAUUGAGUAGCUAGGGCUCCACGUUUACUAAAUUUAGCUAGGAUUAACAAUGUUUUACCUCCUACACAUUCUGCAGAAGCUGCAGCUGCCUUAAACAUGCGUAUUGAGAAUCCAACACAUGCUCAUUGUAAUCGCGAAACAGUGCAGAUAAUUCAAGAUGUUCUUAACAGGGAUUCUCCAUAUGCUGCAGCUUAUAGCAAUAUGGCUGAAGUGGAACGUGAAGAAACAGCCAGAGCAGCUGCGGAAAACAGACAGCCUUCUGUUGUAAGUAUGGUAAUGCGAGAGGGUAAUGAUCGCAGAAGGUAUAAUGCCCCCUUGCAUCAGGAAGUUGCUGCCAUCUUUGUUGGUAAUGAUGGUGCACCUCCUGCUGCAAGAGAUAUUGUUGUUUAUCCACGUAAUCAACCUUUGCGACAAAUCCCUUAUACAUCAUGCAAUAUUGAUCCUAUGAUGUAUCCCAUUUUAUUUCCACGUGGUGAGCCGGGUUGGGACCCAAACAUGGCCCAUGUCAGGGAGCAUGCAACUGGAGUUAGAAAUAGGCUAACCCAGUUGGAAUAUUAUAUUUACCGCAUUGCUAUUAGGCGAGAAUUCUCUGCCCUUCAUUUAGCAGGUAAAUUGUUUCAGCAAUUUUUAGUAGAUGCAUAUGUUAAAGUUGAAGGUCAACGGCUUGCAUUUAUUCGCCUAAAUCAAAACCAGCUUCGAGCAGAGUCCUACCAAGGACUUCUGGAUUACCUCCAAAAUGCUGCAGAUCAACGUAACUUGCAAGCAGGUAAUGUUGUUGUCUUGCCUUCCACCUUUUCUGGCUCACCCCGUAACAUGCAUCAGUUGUACCUUGAUGCGAUGGCAUUGGUUUCAAAGAAGGGUAAGCCAGAUUUGUUCUUGACUUUUACUUGCAAUCCAAAAUGGCCAGAAAUUGUUACUAAUUUGUUACCUGGUCAAUCUGCUUCUGAUAGACCAGAUUUAGUUGCAAGGGUGUUUAAAUUAAAAUUACUUGCUUUGAAAAAAGAUUUAAAAGACGGUGUAUUAGGUGUUCUGUGUGCACAUGUAGAUGUUAUUGAAUUUCAGAAAAGAGGUUUACCGCAUGUUCAUAUGCUUUUACAUCUACACAAUGAGUUUAAAUUAUGAAAUGC